AUGCCCAACACGGACGACGAGGGCGCAAGGCCCUGUAAGCGCCAACGUUUGAACAGCGAUGUGGAGCCGAGCGGUGCGGGGCAGACGGAUCCGUCGAGCGGUUCGAGCACAGCCGAUGUGGCGCGCGGCGAGCCGGAGCUAAGCGAACGUCUGCGCAAGGUAAUGCUAUGCACCGUGUGCCUGGAGCUGCCCCACCCGGAUGAUAGCUAUCAGUGCACCCUGGGGCACAUCGUGUGCGAGGAUUGCGUGACCCGCCUGCUGGCCGAGGCGGUGCUGAACAGUCGCGAUGCCCAGUGCCCGCACUGCCGCACCCACAUUAGCUGGCAGGAGCUGACGAAGAAUCUGGCCGUGGGCCAGACGCUCUGGGAGCUGCCGAAAAGCUGCUCGGACUGUGAACAGCAAAUGGAAUACAAGUCCCUGGCCAAACAUCUGAAAACGGAGUGUUCCAAGCGCCUGGUGCACUGCCAGUACCGCUGCCUGGGCUGCACCUGGCAGGGCUGCCAGGAGGACAGCAUUCAGCACGAGGCCAACUGCAAUUAUCUGCAAUUGUCGAGCGAUGAGAUUCUGACCGCACUGGACACCAUCGACCAGCUGGAACAGAUGGCUGUCCACUCGCUGCGCCAGUGCCAUCGGCAGCUGAGUGCCAAGCGGAUCUCAUAUGAGGAUCUGGACCUGCGCUGGCCCCUGCACACGUGUCGCCUGGACGCCGAGGUCCGCUUCCAAGCGCCCACCAUUUAUGUGUUCGAGGAGACCUGGCGUGUGCGCAUCCGGCUGGUGGUCACUGGCCCCGGCAACGAGCGCCAGCUGAGCUACAGCCUGAAGAUCCUAUCAUCGCCGCGUGAGAUACUCUCGGUGAAAUACUUUGCCACCCUGCCGGCGGUAUAUGUGCGGCCCAAGCAGCUGAUGGACGUGGAGCCGGAGCUGAACGAGGCAUACUAUAAUUUGGCCGGCCAGAGCUCCGACUUCAAGCUGCUGCCAAUGAGCUGCCCCUUAGCCACUUACCGUCUGCUGGCCAUGCCGUGCAUGAAACUGCGACUCUGGAUGAUGUUGAACUAA